UCAGGUCCUUCCUCCGACAGGUGGACAACAACUACCAAACGGAGUAUAAUCCAGGAUAAGCUCUGCUUUGAAUUUGAAUUCAACUUUUAAGCGUGUGCUCGCGCUCGUUCGGUUCCUCGUCUCACCUGUGAGUGCGCGCGCUUUAGUUCCUCUCUAAAACAGGUUUGACCGGGACACACCUGCGCCGAGAAAAGGAGCCUUGUUGGGCGCGUCGAGGGCAUUCUUCAUUCGGUCUUUGACCUCUGCGGGAGACGGACGCAUAGGAAACGGAUAAACGAAGACUUUUUUUCUUCAAGUUUGAUCAUGAAAAUGUGGAUUUUUGCUGUUCUCGCCGCUCUCGCGGUCGGAGCCUCAGCUCAGAUCUGUCAAAGUACAUGUGAGACUAUGAAGUGGGCUACAUGCGACGGACCCCCAUGUUCGUGUUAUCUUCUGGUUGAUAAUGGUGUAAAACAGCCCAUAAACUGCACAACAUUGGUCCCCAAGUGCUUCUUGAUGAAAGCUGAAAUGUACAGAGCUAGAAAGGGUAUGAACACUCGCAGUAUUGCAGGAAAGCCAGAUGAGACUGCCAUUGUGGACAACGAUGGCAUCUAUGACCCCGAGUGUGAGAGUGACGGCAAAUUCAAGGCCAAGCAGUGCAACGGCACAGAUGUGUGCUGGUGCGUCAACAGCGCUGGAGUUCGUCGGACUGACAAGGGAGAUCAGACCCUCAAGUGUGAGAAACUGGUGGAGACACACUGGAUCCGUCUUCAGCUGACACACAAGCAGGGGCCCGCCACCGUGGAUAAAGACAAGCUGAAGACUGCCAUUUCGACUGAACUUAACAAGCGUUACCAAAUGAACCCCAGCCUGGUGAAGGAGAUUCAGUAUGACCCAGACGCUCGCAUGAUUGUGGUUGAUGUGAAUAAGGUGAAAGGAGACCGCUCAUAUGACCUGUCCAAAAUGGCCUACUACAUGGAGAAAGACGUGAAGAUCCUGCCACUGUUUACUGACCAGAGCAGACGCUUUACUCCUUCUGUGGAUGGGCAGACCCUGGAGAUGGAGAAUAUCGUGGUGUACUAUGUGGACGAGGAGGCCCCGACCAUCACCAUGAAGCACCUGACAGGCGGGAUCAUCGCCGUCAUUGUGGUGGUGGUGCUGGCUGUGGUUGCUGGCCUGCUGGCUGUGUUCUUUGUCCAGAAGCGACAGAGGAAGUACAAAAAAACUCAGCAAAGAGAGAUGGAGCAAAUGUAAAGCAGAGAGAGUGUGAAGAGUCGACGCAUACAAUCGCCUUUUUUGGAUUACCUUGUUUUUGUUUUCUUCGCUGUGGGAGUGUGCCAUUUUUAUCUUUUGAGACUUGCAGAUUGUAAAUGAAUACUCACCUUUCUUUUUUUUCCUUGUUGGGGUGUCAUUACUGCUACAAUUUAUUUAUAAAUCAUGUAAAGUCUUAAAGCAUCAUCCCUCUGGUCUACAUGCCAUAUAAAGUACUGUGCAUUUUUAAAGUGUGCCUGACAUGCCUCAUUUUAACAUUAGAAUUUAAAUUCCACAUCAUAGAGUGUACAGUUUCUUACUUUCUAUUGUUUGUUUGGAUUGUUUUUAAUAAAACAUGCUUUAAAAGACA